GCGCUAGUAUAAUAUUCAACAGAAAGUUUAAAGACCAUAAAGUCUACAUUGAGUUGUUUAUUUUUCAAAACCCCCAAAGCUAAAACAAGAAAUGAAACUAAUACAAUAGUAAUGGUUUCCUUCUCAUCUGUCUAAAGUUUUUCUUUUAUAUCUUCUUGUUUCCAACUUAGUUUUGCGUUCCUCAUGGAUCAUGAUAUCGAGAAGAGAGUGAUUGAUCACAGACGACUAAACCAAUCAUCACUUUUCACCGCGUUUGCGUUCAGCUUUAUAACUCUGAUCGCGGUUACCACGUUGGUUCUAAUGUCUAAUUUCUCGAUGCAGCCGCAGAGGGAUUUCUCAGAGGUGAAGAUAGAGAUCAAGAGAGUGAUUCCACAGCCACACUUACCUCUGAGCUCCGAGGACGAAAGUAAAAGCAAGAAAGUGGUGAUGACUUCUCCUAACCCUAACAUCACUACUGUAAACAAAAAGAUCCUAGUACUUAUCGAGAUGUUCAGUGGAGAUAACUUGUCUGACAAGUUUCAAAGGAAGGCCAAUGAGUUUGUCGGAGAUUCUGGAUGCGAAGUCAACUUCGUCAUGACAUGGAUAUCACCAGCUGAUUUGUUCGGAAAGAGAGAGGUCUUAGCUAUUGAAAGUGUCUUCAAGUCUCAUCCUCAUGGUUGCUUGAUGAUCCUAUCAGCAACCAUGGAUUCUCCUCAAGGUUAUACAACCUUGAAGCCGUUUCUUGAUCGUGGUUACAAAGUUGUUGCAGUCACGCCGGAUCUGCCUUUUCUACUCAAAGGAACCACCGGAGAAAAGUGGCUAGAAGAAAUAAGAAGCGGGAAAAGAGAUCCGGGAAAGAUAUCAUUGGCUCAGAAUCUGUCAAACCUCAUGAGGCUUGCCUACUUGUACAAAUACGGAGGUGUUUACUUAGACACCGACAUGAUCCUUCUCAAAAGCUUCAAAGGGCUUAACAACAUUAUUGGAGCUCAGACGCUUGACCCUUCCUUCACAAACUGGACGAGAUUGAACAACGCGGUGCUAAUAUUCGACAAGAACCAUCCUCUCUUGCUCAAAUUCAUCGAGGAAUUCGCUCGAACUUUCAAUGGAAACGUAUGGGGAUACAACGGACCGUACCUGGUUUCUCGAGUGGCGACUAGAGCAGCAGUGGAGGAGGAGUACAACAACUUCACCGUCAUGCGACCUUCUGCGUUCUAUCCAGUGAACUGGCUAGAGAUAGAGAAGUUCUUCAAGGUGCCAAAGACGGAGAAAGAGUCGAAAUGGGUCAAGGUCAAGCUUCUUCAGAUGCAGAGGAGAAGCUAUGGGUUGCAUCUUUGGAAUAAAUUUAGCAGAAAGUUUGAAAUCGAACAAGGGAGUGCCAUGUGGAGAUUAGUAUCAGACCAUUGUAUAAUCUGUCAAAUCGGUUCUGCAUCAUCAUCAUAGUCUUUUGUUUGUAUAAUUGUAUUUGUUCAGAGUUCAGUUGCACUGUUUAUAAGCUUGCUGUAUUGUAAGGGCAACAUUAUCAAUAGGUCCCCAAAUGAAAGUCCCCAAAUGAAUAGUACAAGGACUCACAGGGACUCACCUCAUUUGUCCCUUA